AACACUUAACACUUACUGUGCAAUGGUAACGUAUAGCUAUGGAUUGCAACGUAUCCCCUUCUUCAAUGCUCUUUUCUAAUGUGGGAAUUUCCUUCUUGGGGGAUUUAUUUCGGACAAAUAGUUCGGUUUCCUCACCAUCAUCACUACUGCUUCCACUAGCUUUGUCUCGUUUGUCUAUGUGCUUAUAUUUGUUUCUACAAUAAUUAUGUUUAAUUAUUUCAUUCAAAUAAUUAAUUACCUACUUUUGCCUUUGUUUCAUCAUUUUUACCACUCCGUUGUUUUUUUUUUAAUAUUUUUGAAUUAAAAAUAAAAAUAUGUCAUCACAACAACAAAGAGUUAAAUUUGUAGGUUAGGUUGUUGUUUUUGAUGUUGGAUUUUUAGGUGUUUUCUUUUGAUGACACUAACUAGUAACUGCUCUGUUUGAUUUGCACUCUAGUGCGUAUACCCAGCAAUCCAACUGAACCGAUCAACAAAAGUUCAACAUUCAACAUUCACAAAUGCUCCACAAAUCUUAAGGGAGCAACAAAUGCUAUAAAGAUCUACUCCACAGAUACCGUCGUAAACAUUACGAACGAACAUCGAAAAUCCCACGUGGAGAGUGGAAAAGUGUAUUCAUUCUGUCCUAAGUUCCAACCCGAACCAAAGUUGUAAAUGUUUAGUUUUUUUGCAACAAUUUUAUAAACAAAUUGUACAAGUUUUCUGAGCCUUUAAGCUAAGCAAUUGAAAAGAAAAACAUGGAAGUAGAUGCUAUUAAUAAUGAUUACUUCAAAAGCUAUGAAGAUUUGGAAACCCACAAAUUAAUGUUAAAAGACAACACAAGAAAUGCAGCUUACCGAGAAGCUAUAUUUAACAGUAAACGCGACAUUGAAGGAAAAGUGGUCUUAGAUGUAGGAGCUGGCAGUGGCAUAUUAUCUGUACUUUGUGCCCAGGCAGGCGCCAAGAAAGUUUACGCUGUCGAAGCCAGCGGAAUGUUCAAAUUAGCAUUGGAUAUUGUUAGAGAAAACAAUGUUGAAGAUAUUGUCCAGGUAAUCCAUAGCCCAAUAGAAAAAGUUACAACAGCACAAAUACCUGAGAAGGUGGACGUUAUAGUGUCAGAAUGGAUGGGAUUUUAUUUGUUGCAUGAAGGGAUGUUGGAUUACGUCAUUUUGGCUAGAGAUAGGUUUUUAAAGCCUAAUGGAUUGAUUUUUCCGGAAUCUGCUACAAUAUAUGCUGCACCUUGUAGUGUUCCAUCAAUAUACAAAAACUGGGAAAACGUUAGUGGUGUCAGAAUGGAAUCUUUUUCCAGAUUAUUAAGGGAACAAUCUUUCAAAAAGCCUUUGACAGAAGCAAUUUGUCCAGAUUCUCUGUUAUCAGAACCAGAGGUGGUAUCCUGGAUUGAUCUUCGAGAAGUAACCACUGAAGACCUAAAUGAAAUAAAUUUACGUCACGUAGCAGUGUCAAAGAAAAUAGACACCUAUGAAGGCGUGUGUUUGUGGUUUAGCUGUUGUUUCCCAAUUCCUACGAAACCUAGCAAUUUAGAGCCCGUGACCUUGUCAACAGCUCCAGACGAACCAGAAACGCAUUGGAAACAAACCCUAAUUGUUUUGCCUAAUUCUAUGAAAGUGGAAGUUGGAAGUCCAAUUUGUUAUGAUCUUUCAAUGACAAGGUCUUCGGAAUCUUUUAGGAGGUACGUCUUGGAGUUGACUAUGCUGGAUCCAGAGGAAAUCGAACAUCCAGAAUUUUGUUCAUGUUUUAUGACUAAAUGUAUAUUAGUGAAUGCUAUGUUAGAGAAAUAUGAGAGAGGUGAAGGUGAUGGGGCUGAAUAAAAAAUGAUUUUCAAUGAAACGAAUAUUUAAAUCCUCUAUACAUCUUAUUUAAACAAUUUUGCUUGUUUUAAUUUACAGAAAUUAUUGGAACGAAUUGGACACUAUACACACAAUCUGUUUUUUAUGGGCAUAUUUAUCCAAGGCUAUUAUACCAUACCUUAAAAAUCCGUGAAAAAAGGUCAGAUUACUUUGUGCCGGUUUAUUAAUAAAUGAUUAACAUUCUUUAAUAGAAGUAUUUAAAGUUUAUUUGUAAAAUUGCGCGGCUAUAUAUGAUGUCAUUACUGAAUUGAAAACGGCGUUAGUCGAUAUUUAAUACGUUUAUGUUGAAAUGGUGAUAAGGCGG